CCGCCGUAGGUAAGCUGUAUUUAUCCAAUUAAUUACUAGGGAGAGCAAAGCAUGGCAAAGCAUGGCAAAGCAUGGUGGAGAACCCAUGCUCUCUCUCUCUCUCUCUCUUUCUCUUCCCCUCCCCUCUUCUUCAGACACGUUCUGCACCCAAAUGGUCUCAUGUGGCCUGCAACUGAGGCUGCAUUGGAGUGCAUAUCCUUUUAUCUGUUUCCCCUCCUCCUCUACCUCUCAUCCGAUUUGUCACCGAUAGCCUCCUCUGCAGUUGGUCAAGCUUACAGAGUACUGUACAAACAGUACAUACUUUCCAAGUCUUGCAACAAACAGCUUCUUGCUGACUUCCCCAUCGUCGAUUCGUUUCAAUCUCUUCCCUUUCAUUUUUAUCCUGGGUACCGCGGAUGUCGCCGAUGUCGUCCAGACCGAAUACCGCCACACAAACCGCCAUGGCUUGGGGCUGGCCGACCUCUCACCCUUUCCCUGCAAGGGCGAAACAAAGAAACUGCUCUGCGGUCGAAUUUACAAACCGACAAGUUGAGAAAUGCUCGGAUUGCUUGAAUCCGACACAAAAAGAAAGAGCCUGGAGGGUGAUGACGACCCCACGAUGCGCGAAUACGGGCUCGAGAUUUUAGCUCUUGCAUUGCCCUUGCCAGUUUGGGAAGAGAGGAGGGGUGGUUUUCUUACUGAGUCAAAUCUGGGCAACAUCGG